UCCUACAUUUCUACUUCUCAUUUUCGUCUACUUCUCCGUUUCGACUUCUCAUUGUGACUUCAGUUCACAAAACAUCCGUCCCACAGUGUAGUUCAGUCGUGUCUCAUAUCCUUCAGUGACUGUAAUCCCCAGUUGAACAAUGUCAAAUCAUCCGUUCUGGUUCAUAUUUUAGUUGCAAUUUUUUCGAAAACAAUGACGUCAUCUGUGAGGAGUCAUUCACUUCUAGAACAGAAGAAACUGCAAUGGGCCAAGGAGAGAGAGGAAAUGCUGGGACUUUGUGGAAUAUGGGGUUCAUUUGCAAGAUCUUAUCACGAUUCUGAUCGGUCGUCAAUCAGAUCACAAUACCUGUCGUCAAUAGAUUUGAAUCACCAUGUGGACACGAGUCCGGAUGCAUCUGAUGCUUCCGGGGAAGACAGAGACAGUCACAGCACGUCUACAAUGAAGUUCUCUCUCAGACGAAGCCCUAGUUUACCUCCUAUAUUCAGUCCUGAGAAACAGUCUUCAUGCUAUGGGAAUGACGGAGACGCUGAAGGUGAGGAUGAGGGUGAAACAGGUGAUGGUGAGGAGGGGGGAACGUCGGGCUACGCCAGCGACUCUGGUGGUGGAAACGAGUACCACGUGGCGCAGGCGUGGGGUGGGGCUAUACAGAGGAACCCGACCUCAACAGCCAAUCAGUGGCAGUCCCAUAACAACUUCCGCAGACGACAGAGUCCCGACUCGGUGACGUGUUCCUCGGAGAUGGGUCGUCCGCGGUGGGGCGACAAGGGGGUGGGGGUGGGACACCUGUGGGCCCCCACCACCCACAACCCGGAGGCGCGGCUGCCCCAGGUCUCAGAUCGUCCAGGUCCCACGCCGCCAGCCUGGUUGCAUCGUCGGCUCAACAAACUCGGGGAGCCCGCUCAAAUACUUGUCAUAUCGCAUCGAGAUGAUGCCAGCACUAGAUCUAAGGAUUUCACUGGAGCUGUGAUUCUAUCAACUCAUCCGAAUGUACAAAGACUACGUAUCUUAGAGGACAAAAUAUACCUCUGGAGCCAGAAGAGCUGGCUGAACGAGAAAUAAAGCGGCGGAAAGCGUUGGAACAUCAGAACGCCAUUAGGCAACAACUGGAGGAGCGGGAACGCAAACGGAGAGAAGAGAAAGAAAAACGGAUGUUAGAAGAGAGAAAGGCCGAUGAGAGGAUGAAAAAGCAACAGGAAAUGGAGAGGAAAAGACUGGAAGAUGAACAAAGAAGACA